AUGAGUAAUCGAAAAACAAAUGAUAACAAGUAAACUAGAAUUUCAUUGGGAGUCAUAGAUGAUAUGUUUAAUGAUGCUGAAUUUUGUCAAGCUAUUAAAGAUACAUUCAAAAAAUAAUCCAAUACAGCUCGUAAUGAUUGGCCAACCCAAACAACUAAUAUGUUUUAUUAGAAAGCAACAAUUUCAUAGAUUAUGAGAUUGAGAGCUAAAGGAUCACAUACAGGAACACGAUAUCCAUCAUUAAAGAAAGAGGAACGUAAAACUAGAUGGGCAAGUUUAAUAGGAGAUGGUAAAACAGAACAUCAUCAAAGAAUACCAUCUGAAAUAGAAAAUAUGCCAAUAUGUUCUUAAUAUGAAUAAUAUAGUUUUCUUAAUAGAGAACAUGAAUUAUUGAUAUAAAAUUUGAGUGAAUUGCCAAAAUCAAUUAAAAUGAUGUUAUACUCUAAUAUGUAUGAAGUUUAAAAAGCUAAGAUGUGUGAAAAUAAAACAAUGUUAGAUGACAAAUUUAUAUUUACAUUAUUCAAUACUCUUUAAUAAUUGGAUAAAUAAAUUAUUGAACCAUUACAUUAAUAAACUAGACCUGUACUUAAUUUCAAAAUGCAUUUUGUUUAGAAUGCUGUAAAUUUAGUAUCAGAAACUAUAAUUUAAAGUAUUAGAGAAGCCUUAAGACAUGAUACUAGAUUAGGUAUAUUUUUGGAAGGUUUUUGCAAAUUUUGGAUUGUUUUGAUUGAUAUUUAAUUAUAAUGGAUGGGUAAAAGUUGUGCUGAUUAUAUUGAAACUCAAGUAAAAGAAUUUAAAGAAUAAUUCUAAUAAGCUGUGGCUUAGAAAAUUAAAGUAGAAGAUUAAAUGAUUUAGAUGGAUAAAGAAUUUAAAAUGAUGGAAGCUCAAUAUAUUCGUAAACAUGAAUACUUAUAAUAAUAAUUAUUAUCAGUUUAAUAAGAAUUUCAAGAUUAUGUUGUAACAGUUCAAUAAAUGAGUGAUCUUAGAAUUGCUGAAGAAAGAAUGAAUUCAGUUGGAUUGAAGGCUUUAGAAUUAGAAAGUAUGUUCAAAUAAUUUGAUAAGGUUACCUCUUAACAUUCAUUUGUAUUUCAAAAAGAUAUCAAAGAAUUGGGAAAUGCAUUAAUUAAAUAAUAGAAAUAGAAUUAACCUCUUCCAAUGAAACAUUAAGAAGCAUAAAUUAAAUUAGGAUGUCAUAAAAUAUAAGAGGAGAAUUACUAAUUAUAUUAUUUGAAUUCAAUUGGUAUUUUUAUGUAAGUUCAUCCUUUUUAAAUUCUAUUUGAAAUUAAUAAAGAAUUAGAAAUGGAUUAUCCAAUGUUAUUGUGUAAUUUCUUAGAUUACUUAACUCAAAUUGGAGAUUUCUUGUCUCAUGUUUGUAGAAUAUUUAUUGAUUGGGUUGGAGAUGAUGAUAAACUUAAUGCUAUUUUAACUUAUUUUAGUGAAUGUGAUCUUGAUUAACCUAUUAAUUAAUUAUAUGCCAUUAUAUUUGGGAUUCGAGAACAAACUUAAUUAAGUUCUAUAUCUCUAAAGAAAUUACUUAAAUAUUAUAAAGAAUUGUAAGAAUAACAUGAUUAUUAAUUAAAUGAUUAUUUUACUAUAAAGGAAGCAUCUCCAUAUUUUUAAUUAUUAUUUUCAGAAGAAUUUAAUGAAAAAAUUACUAAUAGUUAAAAAUAAUAAAUGACUCUUUUAGAAUUAUUAUUGUUGUUAGCUUAACAUUUCCUAAUGAUGGAAAACAAAUAAUGGGCUGGAUGGUUAUAUAAAUAAGAAAUUUUAUCUGAAGAUUUAGAUAUGAAUGUGGUAUUGUAUUAUUAUUAAAAUUAUAAUCAAGAUCAAAUAAUUUAUUGAGUUACGUAACCAAUUGAAUAGACCACUUGAAGAUAGCCUUAAAUUAGUUAGACAACUCUCCUUACUACACCCUGACUUAUUUUAUAAGAGUAAGUAAGCCCCUUAAGAGAGAAUGAAAGCAUCUGCCCGUAAAGUGUAACGUAAAAACUCCCAACGAUCUCCUCUUAAGAGAUCAAGUACUUUGAUUAAAGCUAUUAAUUUAAAAAAGUGA